GCGGCCGGGGCCGUCGUUCCGGGAUCAGCUGGCUGGGUGUCGUUGGAUUGGUCGGCCAAAAGUGGCGGACCCAAAAGCGAACGGAGGAAGGCAACCAACGUGACCUGCAAACAACGUCAAUCAUCCAACCGAGGGAUUUAGGGCUUGACGACAUGAGUCCUGAUUUGACAAGCGGGUCCAACUCGAGGCCAUUUUCCUGAAGUCGGUGGGAGAAUCCUUACCUCGAGAAGGAUGGGUCGACCUGAUGUGCUUGCUCGUUGGCAAACCGCGAGCUGCCGAUCUCCUGAAGGAAAUUGGCGACAAGCCCGAAAUCAGUGUCAAAGACUUCCUGGAUCUUUUUUUUGACGAGGCAGCGCAGGAGCUGGGAACGACGAAUGAGUACGCAGCGCAGCCCUCCCAAGAGCUCCACGGGGAGUCGCCGGAAGUGAAGGCAUUGAAGCAAGAGCUGGAGCAAACCAAGCAGCAGCUGAGGGCAGCUCAGGCAAAGACAGAGGAGAAGGAACAGGAGCUGCAGCGCCUGCAGAAGCUGGACACCAAGGAGCAAGCGGAGGCAAACUUCGUUGAGUUCACUUGCCACCUUCUGAGCGCUGAGUGCUUGUGUCUAUUUUCUGCCAAGCUAUGACUGAUUUCCACUGCGUAAGCAUUUGCGUAGGCUCACAGGCAAUUUGGGGCCAGAGGCUUGUCAGGCAGAGAGGGAA